AUUGGAGCAGCUCACAUGAUGUUGUUUUAUCUCUAAGCCGAUUUCCAGACUCAUCACUAGAAGCCUGCAGCCAGAUUUUGAAGAUUUGAAACUGAGCAGGAAACAAAAUGUCUUAUGGAUCUAUUGAUGGUGGUCCUUUUGGCAGCAGAAACCCAUUUGGGGGGCCCACAAGGCUGGGCUAUCAGCCAGUAGCAACGCAGGUGAGCCCCACGGAGCUGCAGGAUGUGUUUCAAGAGACCUCCUCAAACAUCUUUCAGAUCAAUGCUAAUGUUGUAGCCUUGGAGAAGAGCCUGCAGUGGCUGGGAACCUCUAGAGACACCCCUGAGCUGCGAGAGACACUGCAUGCCACCCAACAGCAGACCAAUGGGAUAAUCACAAGUACCAGCCAACUUGUCAAGCAACUCUCAGAGAUUAUCAGUGGCUCACGGCAGGAUCACUUGCGACUGACCAGGAUAAAAAACGAGUUCUCUGAAUCUGUCCAGCGAUAUGGAGAUGUACAGAAGAAAAUCGCAGAGAAGUCACGGGCCCUGCUGCCGACGACUCCGAGAGACAACAGACAGAGCCCCAGGACCCCCCUGACAGACCCUUCUGAAGAUGACAGGAUCUUCACUGACGGUGAACUGCAAGGCAGACAAGAAGAUCAAGCCUUUCUUUCAGAGAUCACAGAAGAAGACAUGGAAGUGUUGAGACAACGGGAGGAGGCGCUCAUUCAGAUUGAGCGAGAUAUGCUGGAUGUGAGCCAGAUAGUGAAGGAUUUGGCCUCUCUCGUGCAUGAGCAAGGGAAUACAAUAGAUAGCAUUGAGGACUACAUCCAGAGCUCUUCUACAAACGUGGACACUGCUAAUCAGGAGCUGGCCAAGGCUAAUCGUUAUCAGAAACAAGCUCGGAAAAAGAAAUGCUGCCUGAUAGUGGCUGGAAUAGUCGUGUUAACCUUCCUUGUCAUCAUUAUUUCUGUAUACAGUACGAAAAUAAGGUUGACACACAAGACUGACAAACGAUUUGACUUGGAAUCAGCAGACCUGUUGCCAUCUCUACCUCCAGAAGGAUGA